CAUGACUCAGGGCUUCAACUUUCAAGCAGCGUUAGGGUGCUCCCAGGCUUAGCGCAUGCGCGUUCAAAGAAAUCCAUUAUCAUGUCAAAGCAUAGAAAUGAAACUGUUCCUCUGAAAACUACUUGAUGAAGUUGUGAACGCACAGGUGAGGUUUGGACCACUGGGGUGUCUCCGAGGGGAUAUUUCUACAACAAGAAACCAAAACAAACAUGUUUGGUAAGAAGAAGAGAGCACCGCAGCCCAAAGGCCAGGGCGCCGCUGCUGCCAAGCAGAUGGGUCUGUUUGUAGACCUGAACCCCGAUGAGAUGAUGAUGGGCAUGGACGGAAACCUGGACGACCCGGACUUGGAGGCGGAACUUGCUGCUAUUACUGGAAAAAAGGCUGCUGCAGGAGGAAAAGCCGGGCAGAAGGGGAAAAGCCCCCUACCCAUGGAAGAUAUCGCAAGAAUGGCAGACGAGUGUAUGAAGGACCUGGAUGAUGAUGAUGACGACAAUGUUGAAGACGAUGAAGACCUGUUGGCAGAGCUACAGGAAGUGGUGGGUGAGGAGGAAGCUGAGGAUGUUUCCCCCACAUCCUCUGCCACUGCUGAAUCUUCUAAGGGUGAAACACCAGAGUCCCCAGCGGCACAGGAGGAAGUAAAAGUCUCUGCAGCAGCCCCCGGCAGCCUCCAACACACCCUUGAGGAGAGGUUAGCAAUGUACAAGACAGCCCUGCAGAACGCCAAGACAGCAGGGGAGUCCUCAAAAGUCAGGAGAUACGAUCGUGGUCUGAAGACGUUGGAGUCAAUGUUGGCCGCUGUGAAAAAAGGAAGGUCUGUAAAUGAGGCUGAGAUCCCUCCGCCUGUUGCCACCGGAGCCCCGAGCACCGACCCGCGACCAGCUGUGCCUGCAAGGCCUGCUCCCCCUGUACCAUCGCCACCUCAGCCCUCUCAGUCACGGGAGUCGGAGGCCACAUCACCACAGUCACCUGCUGCGCCCGAUGUCAUCACACCCAGCAGCGAGGAGGAGCAAUCGUCUUCUGCUGCCCUAUCCACUCUGAGCAGCCUCCCAUCUCCUCAGGAGCAAACCGAUGAGGAAGCUGCUGACGUUUCACAAUCAGAUGCCAACAAGGCCACCAAGAAGAUGCUUUUGGAGAGACAGCAAGAGUACAAGAUGGCAGCGCUGAGAGCCAAGAAGCAAGGAGACGUAGAGCAAGCUAAGCUUUACUUCAAGACCAGCAAGAGUUUCGAUGCAGUGAUCGAGGCGUUGGAAAAAGGACAGUCAGUGGAUCUGAGUGGCCUUCCUUCACCUCCAGGACAGGGUUCAGGAGGAAGCUCCACUCCGGUGGCUGCAGCUCCCACUAGUCAAAGCACACAGCCGACCCAGACGGCUGCAGCAGCUCCAGUCCCUUCAGCUCCUAAAGAUGUGCUGGAGGCUCUCGAGCAGAGACGAGCCAAGUACAUGGAGGCGUCUGCACAGGCCAAGGCCAGCGGAGACGACCGCAAGGCCCGAAUGCACGACCGUAUUGCCAAGCAAUACCAGAGCGCCAUCCGAACUCACAAAGCAGGAAAAGCAGUCAACUUUGACGAGCUGCCGGUUCCCCCUGGCUUUCCUCCGAUCCCUGGCCAGAAGGCAGUGGGAGCUGAACAGGGGAUUGUUGCUGCUCUGGAGGCAGCCAAUAAGCUUGCCUCUAGUGAUGCUGCUGAAGUAGCAGAUGAGGAAGAUGAUGAGGCGAAGGAAGAAUUGGCAAAGCCUGCGGCUCCUGAAGAGCCAAAGAAACCCACGUUAGACAUUCCCACAGCAGGUCAAGAAGAGAAGAGGACUCCGUCAGCUUCACCUGACAGGACAACCAUCGGAGAAGGGCUCUCACAAACAGCUGUUCAGCAACUGGAGUUCUUAGAGGGUCGAAAGAAGCAGUACAUGAAGGCAGCGCUGCAGGCGAAGCAGAAAAAUGAUAUGGAGCAGGCAAAGAUUUUUCUCCGCACCGCCAAGGGCCUAGACCCCAUGAUCGAGGCAGCACGCAGCGGCAAAACUGUGGACAUCAGCACGGUGCCAUCGCCUCCUGGUGACGAAGACGAAGACUUCAUCCUGGUUCACCACAGCGACUUGCAGGUCUCAGAGAAAGCCGAGGAAGUUUACACUCAGCUGGCCAAGAUCCUGAAAGAGCAGCACGAGAAAUGUUUAACUUACUCCGAGCAGUUCAAACACUUGGGAAACGUCACUGAAACAACAAAGUUUGAGAAAAUGGCUGAAAGCUGUAAGAAGAGUAUGGAAGUCCUGAAGUUGGCUCAGUCGAGGGGUCUGCCUCCUCCUAAACAUCAUUUUGAGGAGAAGUCAUUUCGCAUAGCCAAGAUAUUUCCAGAGCUGAGCAGCACUGAUAUGGUUGUUAUUAUCGUAAAAGGGAUGAAUCUUCCUGCUCCCAGCGGAAUCCAACCAAACGAUCUGGAUGCUUACGUCAAGUUUGAGUUCCCCUAUCCCAGCACGGAGCAGCCGCAGAAACUCAAAACAGCUGUUAUCAAGAACACUAACUCCCCAGAAUACAACCAGAGUUUCAAACUUCAAAUCAACCGCAACCACCGCGGCUUCAGGAGGGUGGUGACGGCUAAAGGCCUCAAACUAGAGCUGCUGCACAAAGGCGGUUUCUUGCGGAGCGACAAGCCGAUCGGGACGGCCCUGUUGAAACUGGACAAGCUGGAGUCACACAGUGAAAUCAGGGAGAUUGUCGAGGUGAUGGACGGCCGGAAAGCCACAGGGGGUCGCAUUGAAGUGAAGGUCAGACUGCGGGAGCCUCUGAGCGGUCAGGACAUGCAGACGAGCACGGAGCGCUGGCUGGUGAUCGACCAGUCGCAGGUUCUUGUUUAGAUGUUACUGCAAGACUGAAGAUGAAGUGCAAGAAGAAGAUGUAAGGAACUCAAUCAAAAACACUCAGAGGGAGAAGAGGAGGAGGAGAAGAUGAAGGAUGUUCGGGAAGCUCUGAAGACGGUCUGUUGUUCAGUUUGGACUCAGACCUACACGGGUCUUGUUGUAACUUUUGCACAUUUGCACGACACACACGCUCCCCUUCACUCAGCAGGAGACACGGAGCUGCCUUAUGGAGACGUGAACCUCGUGUCUGCCUCCACCGGACGGCGAUGAGGGCCUCUCUUUGAGAUUGAAAAACACUCAGGCAAAGAUCACAGCUGCCUAAACUGUUUUCUGAUGUGUUGGUCUGGCAGGGUGUCCUCUGCGAGUGACAAAGGGGGCCGGUGUCGAGUUAAGCUGAUCCUGCUGCCUGACGUAACUUUUAGUUAAUAUAUCAAAGAAUGUGUAAAUAGUCCUUGUGGUAUCUAGAACUGCACCUAUGCACUAAUACCAAAGUAAUCACAGUUGCUGUAAAAUCCUGCGUAUUUGAAAGCCGCCUUUAGCUGCCAAAUCUGUUACGAUAUAUACAUUUAGAUUAUAUAAUUACAGCCUGGGCUGUUGGGAGUUUUCAGUACAUUUUCCGCACAGUUACAGUCUGUCACAGACUUCGGUGUGAAAAAGUCAGGCAGAUAUUGCAGUAGCCACCUCAUGUUUAUUUCACAGGAAAGUAAGCCAAGAAAUGAUGAGAUUACACAAGGUACGAUCAUUAUUUUAGAGACCACACCUUUCACAUGCGUUGCAAGUCCUCUAAUUGUGGUCACUAAACUGCACACUCACCUGCCUGCUGUUUUAGGUGCGUUUGAUUUGUUUACACUGAAUAGCACAAAACUGGAGACGAAUAAUGUCACAAAUGGGGAGGAGAGUACACAGGAUCAACUUUAAAAAGCAUCGUGUAAAGGAACAGAAAGAAAGAUUUAAAUGUCAGGAAACGCUAAGCUUAGCCUAGCUUUGCAUAAAACUGGACUCAGGAAGGGGGCUGCAAAUUGAAUCCUGUUUAAAAAUACACCUACUAGUUUUUGAAGGUCACAGAUGAAGACAUUUUAUAUUUAUUUCUACCCACUCAUUUUGUAGAAGGAACUUAGGACCUUUAAAAAAGACUCACCACUGGCUGUCCCAGUCAUUAUGCUCAGCUAA